GUGCAGACUGUUAUGCACUUUUGCAAAGAGCCCCCAUACUCUUCACAAAACGGAAGUGUCAAAACCAGAGACCUCAAACACCUGUUAUCUUACUUCAGCUCUGGCUUUUGAGCCGCAUAGGCCAAGUCCAUCAAUUUUGAAUUGUAUCGUCAUUGAAUGGCAGCAAUGUCAAACAACAGUAGCAGUCUUUUGGAAGGAAGUCUUUUAUCAAGUCCCAAUGCCACUGAAGGGUUUAAAAGAGAUAAUGAUCUAAGCUUCAGCCCAGCAUAUGACUACUCUGAUUAUUAUUCAAAUAAUGGUACUGUUAACACAGAACCAUGUGGUUAUCGAACCCAUGCAAACCAUUUUCUCCCUGUGCUGUACUCCCUGUUCUUCGUGGUGGGCUUCCCGGGCAACACGCUGGUGCUGUGGGUGAUCUUGGGGGGCGCUCAUCUAAAAAGCAUGACUGAUGUGUCUCUCCUGAACCUGGCCAUCGCUGACCUCCUACUAAUCUUCUCUCUCCCCUUCCUGGCUCACUACGCCAGGCAUACCUGGGUUUUUGGUAGAGCCAUGUGCACUCUGGUCCUCAGCGUGUACUACAUUGGAUUUUAUGCCGGCAUUUUCUUUAUUGUGCUGAUGAGCGUCGACAGAUACUUGGCUGUCGUCCAUGCUGUGUUUGCCUUGAGAAUCCGAACCAAGACUUAUGGGAUUUUAGCUAGUGUAGUCGUCUGGAUGCUAGCUUUUACAGCAUCAUUUCCUGAGUUACGGUAUAUUGAAGUUGAAGACAAUGGGACUGAAAUAAUUUGCACCGCUUAUCCAAAAAGUCACCAUACUGGGAGAAGUAUAGCUUUCUUUAAAAUGAAUGUUUUGGGAAUGCUAAUUCCACUGAGUAUCGUAGGAUAUUGCUACUCGAUGGUGCUCCGGAGGCUUCUGAUGCUUCGUACAUCAAAGAAACUGGCCAUUCGUCUUGUUGCUGUGGUCAUGGUGGUGUUCUUCUGCUGUUGGAUACCGUACAACAUUGCAGCAUUCCUCAAAGCACUGGAACUACAGGGAAUCCUGCCAUCAGAGUGUGAGGACGGCAAAAGGCUCCUGCUGAUGCUGCAAGUCACUGAAGCUAUAGCGUAUUCGCACAGCUGCCUUAAUCCAUUCCUCUACGUGUUUGUGGGCGAAAAGUUCAAGAGGCACCUCGCCAGGCUCCUGCGCCAGACACCAUGCUUCCAAGUGCAGGGUAUGAAGCGCUACAUGACCCAGGCUGCAGGCUCAGUGUAUUCCCAGACCACAAGUGUGGACGAACGCUCAGUUGUUGUCUGAAUUGUAUAGGUUGUUAAAGGAACACAAUUUUAUAAAUGUGCAUAUGUAGUAAGGAUUUAAUACCAAAAUUGAGCACAAAAUUGAGCAUUUAGGCUUCGGAUAUAAUUCCAAACUUAUUCAGAAGUUAUACAUUUUGGGUGGAGUUUGAGUAAACCAUAUGAGUAUAUCAGUUGCGUAUGAUUCUGACCUUUGACUGAAGUCCAUUUUCUUACACGAGCAAGGAGCAGUAUUAAAUCUAGUUCCACUGUCUGACAGUGUGAUGUAAUUUUUAUGUCACACCGAGAA